CAGAAAUUUCUUAUAUGGAUGUGUCAGUAUUAUAACAGUUAGUUCUUUGAACUGACCAUUUUUAUCAUUGCUGCUCAGUUAUUUUUUGGCAAAACAAUGGGCUAACGUGAUAGUUUAAUAGUUUAAUUCCUAACAUAUGAGAUGUGAAAUUGUUUUGCAGUGACACCAUGGAAGAUGGAAAAACACUGCAUUCAGAAUGUAAAGCAGCAGAUGUUCAUCUCAGUGAUUUUCACUUCCUGACUGACGAAAAAUUUGAUUUUGACCUUUCACUGUCUCCCGCAAGUGAAAAUGAAGAUGAGGUUUUUAUUGGAUCAAUGGGCCACAAAGAAAAAUGCAUUGCUGUGUCUCUUGAAACCCAUGAAGAGAGUGAAAAUAACAUUCCAUCACUCAGAGAUGACCUGGCAUGGAGCCCUCCUGCUGGAGGCAAAUUUGUGGAAAUAUUUAAAGAAGCUCACCUGCUAGCUCUCCAACUUAAAAGUGGAAGCAAAACAAAGAAAAACAAUACUGUCCAUCCAGGGGAGGAAAAGACAGAGGUUUUUGAAAAAUUUGUGAAAGAAUCAAAGUCAAAACUGAAAAUCCUUGAAAAAGGAAUAGUGACAGAUAAAACCCCAACAGCCAUUAGAAGAGAGACAUACUGUAUAUGGGAAAGUCCAAGUGGGCAACUGCUGCCUUCAAUUCAGAAGCGUUUAGGGCAACCUGUCACAAUAACGGACAGCUCUCAUUCUCCCCAAAUGCCUCUGAACACAUCAAGUCCUGCUAUAACAGAUAAACUACCUGAAAUGCCUACUGUACCCUCGGCCCAUGCAAAGAACGACACAAACCUUAAAAAAAGAAGCGAAUUUCAGACUGUAAAAACACCACCUGCAUUUAGAAAUAACAGUUACUUAGCAGUAGGAGAGCCCAAACAAGGGAAAUUGCCUAGUCCUUCCAACAGGAUUUCUUCAAAUAGUAUGGGGUUGUCUGAAGAUUUGCUCUCUGACAAAUCAAGCAUAGCUUCGGAUGCAGGCGAAUCAUCAUUUUCUACCAGUUCAUCCAUGCAAAGCAAGAAAACUCUUCCAACUCCCAGCAAGCUGGGAAUGAAGACAAAGCAACUGAAACCUCCUAAUAAUAUUCAUAUGCGAAGAAAUACUUCAUCCUCCUCCUCCUCCUCCAUUUCCAGCAUGAAUUCAAGUUUGAAUUCAAGUCUGUCAAUUUCUCCUAAAACAGGAAAUGUGAAACCAAGUGUUACAAAAGCUCCUGCAGACAUCUCCAGGCACUGUUCUGGAACAAGCAAGAUUUCCAUAGUUAAACCUAUGAAAGGAUUUUCAGUGAAUGCUGCCCACUCUGAUGCAUCUGGAAAGCAACCCACACCCAAAUGUGGUGUUAAAGGAAAUCCUGUGAAUAUACCCAAAUAUAAAGCUACCCUGACAUCUGAGACUGCAAGCAGUAAGUUGCAGAAAGGAGGUUCAUAUCCUAGUCUUCAGACAUUAUUACCGAAAAACACACUGGGCAAUGCAAGUUCAAGUCCUAAAUUUAACUCUAAAACAGCACCUCCAAACUUAAAGAGAGAUGCAUUUUCAGAAAAUGAAGCCACCAGAGUAUUGCAAUCAAAUCCUGUACUAUCUUGUAGCAACAUUGGAAGCAAUAUUGCAGUUUCCCCACCUGUCAAACCAUUAGAAGGAACUGUACUAAAAUCCUGUUCUACUGUGAAGCCUACCUUACGGACUCCGAACAUAAGGCAUUCUACAUUGCCUACCCCUGUUGGUCGACGUACCUCAGGAAUUCCAACACUCACUCCCAAAACAGUGCCCAGAACAAUGACUUCUCCUAAUCUUUUAGCUCUUCGUCGUGUCUCCAGUGUGUCUUCUAAAAAGAAUCCAGGAAUUAGUUCUAAAUGUGUGAAUGAGAACAAUACAUGGGUGUCUUCAAGCUCAUCUUCAACAGGAGACUUAUCUCCGCCACAGGCUAUAGCCAUUGCACUUGAUUUUUCACCAGAUAAACCUUUUAUUGAAAUAGACCAAGACAUGACUAAAAAAGGGAAAGUAGCAGAAGUAAUACCAGCUAAGGAGAGCUUGUUGAUAGAAUUUGAAACAGAUAAAACACCAGUUGCCAUCCAGGAAUGUGAAAACAAACCUCUCAUCGAUCUUUUUAACACUCCCGAAAUUAUUAAAGCCCCUCCAUUGAAACUUGCAGGGCAGCUAAUAGAUCUGAGCUCUCCUUUGAUGAAACUAAGUCCUGAAGAAAAUAAAGAGAAUUCACCUCUUCUGAAAUUCUAAUUUUUUAAAAAAAUGGUUUUCAAACUAGAAAACAUUCUGGAAUUUAGCAACUAAUAGGUUUCACUGGUCAGUAAAUACUGGAAAAAAAAGACUUGAAAUUGCAUGAAAUUUAAAUUUUGAGCUUGAAAAGUUGAUAUAUUGCUGCUAGGGAAAAUGAAGAAUAUAGCUUACAUGAUGGUUUUUCUAUAUUUCAAGGAAUGUUGGUUGUAGCAAAUGUCUUUCCUGAUAAAACAUGCUGCAUAUUUGUUUGAAAAUUGUGCAAAGUAAAUAGUAGAAAUAUGUCAAAUAUUGUAAGUUGAAAUAAAGUUAUGCAUUUUAAAUAUU